GUCACCGUCACCGUCACCGUCACCAUCACUAGAAAGCCACAAAGACAACCAAGAUGGGCAAGGAAGGACCCAGCGUAGCGCAGGUCCUAGCCGAGGCGGGCACAUCUCCGACGCUGCGCAUCCUAUUCCCGGACACAGCAGUGACGCGGGCCGGCAGCAGCAUCAGCAAGGAGGCGGGCGCGCCGGCGCCGACGCUCGCCGUCGCCGCAUCGGCACUGGGCAGCAAACCACCGGCGACAAAGUACCUUGCCAUCUCGCUGGACCUCGACGCGCCGUUCGUGUCGUUCGCGGUGCUGGCGCCGGUGCUGCACGGCAUCGACGCCGACCUGGUCGCGGCGUCCCCCGACGGCGCGUGGAACGCCAUGCCAUGGGUCGGCCCCGGCCCGCCCAGCAUCAGUGGUCCGCACAGAUAUGUGUUUCUGCUAUUUGCGCAGCCCGACGGCUUGGACGCGGCAAAGGUCAAGAGCCUGCUCGGCAUCAACGGCACGGGCCUGUGGCCGCGCGUGCGGUGGGACGAGGAGGCUGCUGAGAAGAAGCUUGGUGUCGGCGAGCUUUUGGCUGGCACCUUCUUCACUACCAAGGGUUAG